AUGACACAGACAAUGGUCAACGGCGCGCCAAAGAGCCAAUUUUGGCAGGAUGCGGACAAAUACCUGCUCUAUACCGGCGUCCCCUUCUCCCCCGCCGUCAUCGUCAAGGCGCAAGGCGCACGCCUGUGGGACGCCGAGGGCCGUGAGAUCCUCGACUUCACAUCCGGCCAGAUGAGCUCGCUGCUCGGCCACUCGCACCCAGAAGUCGUCGAGGUGGCGCGCAAGUACGUCGGCGAGCUCGACCACCUUCUGAGCAACAUGAUCACCCACCCUGUGGUCGAGCUGGCGGCGCGUCUCGCCAGGCUGCUGCCCCCGAAGCUCGACAAGUCCAUCUUCCUCAACACUGGGUCCGAGUCCACCGAGGCCGCCCUCAAGAUGGCCAAGUGCCACACCGGCAAGUUCGAGAUUGUCGCCUUCUCGGCUUCCUACCACGGCCUGACCCAGGGUUCCGGCUCCGCCACCUACUCGGCGGGCCGCAAGAACGGGGGGCCCACCAUGCCUGGCAUGCUGGCCUUCCCUGCCCCCUACCCGUACCGCUCCGUCUUCCGCCAUGCCGACGGCUCGUAUGAUUGGGAGACGGAGCUCGAGUACGGAUGGUCCAUGAUUGACCGCCAGAGCGUUGGCUCCCUCGCGGCCUUCAUCAUGGAGCCCAUCCUCUCCACCGGUGGCAUCCUCGUGCCGCCAAAGGGGUACCUGAAGCGCAUGGAGAAGGAGUGCAGGAAGCGCGGCAUGCUCAUCAUCAUGGACGAAGCGCAGACCGGCGUCGGUCGCACGGGCCACAUGUUUGCCUUUGAGGAGGACGGCGUCGUGCCCGACAUCCUGGCACUGUCCAAGACGCUCGGCUGCGGAUUGCCGCUGGCCUCUGUCACCACCACUGCCGAGAUCGAGGAGGGAUGCCGCAAGGCCGGUCUUUUGUGGCUGACCACCCAUCUCAACGACCCUCUCACCGCCGCUGUGGGCAACAAGGUCCUCGAGGUCGUCGAGCGCGACAACAUCCCUCAAAAGGCCGCAGAGCGUGGCGAGCAGCUUCGUCAGGGACUACUGCGCUUACAGAAAAAGUUCUGGUGCAUCGGUGAGGUCAGAGGCCGUGGUCUUUUCCAGGCCAUUGAGAUCAUCGCCGAACCCGGGACCAAGGCGCCCGGCGCGGAGCUGGGACAGGCUAUAUCGGACAGGGCAUUGGAGCUGGGACUCUCUUGCAACAUUGUCAAUUUACCGGGUAUGGGUGGUGUCUUUCGUCUGGCACCUCCUGUGACCGUGACAGCCGACGAAAUCGAGGAUGGUCUAAAGCUGUUGGAUGAAGCGUUUGAACAAAUUUUCAAUGAAAGGGGAUUGAAGAAAUAG